GAUUUAGUUUACGGUUCGGUUUGGUUUUAACCAAAUCCAUGAACACCCCUAGACUAUUCUUGAAUGUCUGUAUAUCCUCUUGGCAAGUUUACAUUUUUGCACACUUUUACAUAAUAAAUAGCCUACGACCAAGUAUGGAAGAGUGCCGGCAGAGUUUCCAGUGCUCCGGUGACCGUAGACUGGAGAUCGUUAGCGGAAGAGGAGUCAACAACAACCAGGUAAGUCGAGCUCGGUCACCGGAUCUGGCAGGAGUGACGAGCAGGGGAACGUGGCCGAGUCAGGUGGCAGCAGCACCUUCAUCAAAUAAGCCAUGGGGAUUCAAUGAUCCAGAGAUGAAGAGACGAAAGAGAAUAGCAAAAUACAAAGUUUACACUAUUGAAGGCAAGGUCAAAACUUCAAUUAGGAAUGGACUAAGGUGGUUCAAGAAUAAAUGCUCAGAAAUUAUCCAUGGCUAUUGACGGAGAAUGCGGUUCUUUCCCGGACCCUGCUAACACGGAAUGCUUUGUGCAUCGGGCUAUCCUGCGAGUCAACAUGAUCUGUUUGUGAGUUUUGAAAGUUGUAAGAUACAGAGGAAGGUGAAGACAUAGAGGUAACUGGUGACAGGUCUAAUUUCAUAUGUUGUACUUAGGAUGUUUUGUUUCAUUUUUUUGUCAAUUCUAAUUUGAUUGAAUGUCAUUUUAUUAAUGUUUACAAUUGAGAUUAAUUUCUUCCUUACAAGCUUUAAAGUCA